GGACGCUGACGAUAAUUUCCGACAACUAUCGACAAUUUAACUAUCGACAUAUCGACAGAGUAGACGAGGCCUCAAUCUACCAGUAGAGACAUCGCAUCAACACUCGACAUGGCGCAAGAACAGGAUGCAUCAGCCCGACUGGAGCAGCUCAAGGCAGCGGCGACCAAGGCCUACUCGCUCAAGGACUACAACGCUGCCGCCGAGCGAUACGCAGAGGCUUGCGGCGUGCAGGAUGAGGUCAACGGCGAAAUGUCCAUUGAAAACGCCGAUCUGCUCUACCAGUACGGUCGCUGUCUAUACCACCUGGCCGUCGCCAACUCCGACGUGCUAGGCGGGAAAGUCGCCAGCAGUGAGGAGCCAAAGAGGAAGAAGCGCAAAGUGUCCAGCAAGGAGGCAGAAGCCAGCGGCGAAGGAAGCAGCGCCAGUCUGAUCGGGGACGCCAUCAAGAGUGGCGAGCAGAAGCUGGCCGAGGACGCGGUCGAGUCUGUGGUUGAGAGCAAAGACGGAGUCAUCCCGGAAAGCAGCACACAGGGCAUCAAAGAGGCAACGAAACCGGGCAACAGCAGUAAUCCAUUCUUCCAGAUCUCUGGCGACGAUAACUUUACAGACAGUGAAGACGACGGGGAAGAUGCUGAAGGCGGAGAAGGCGACGAGGAAGAAGAAGAUGACUUUGCCAUCGCCUACGAAGUUCUGGACAUGGCGCGCAUUCUGCUCACACGGAAACUGGAGUCGCUAUCAGACAGCAAGAGUAAAUCGACCGAAGAGAAUCCAGAAGCUCGUCAAAUUAAGGAGCGGCUUGCAGACGCUCAUGACUUACAGGGUGAGAUCGCGUUGGAGAACGAACGCUUCGCUGAUGCCAUCAACGACACGCGCGAUUCGCUGGCAUUGAAGAUGCAGCUCUACCCGGUGGAUAACUCUCUGAUUGCCGAAGCCCACUUCAAGCUCUCUCUAGCACUGGAAUUUGCCUCGGUGACAUCCACACAAGAAGACGCCAAUGGCGAGAACAAGGUCGCACAAAUUGACGAGGAAAUGCGAGCGCAAGCAGCGAAUGAAAUGGAACUCGCCAUUGCUUCUUGCCGUGCACGGAUCGCCAAGGAAGAAGCAAGUCUGGUCUCUCUCGAUGAGGUCAAAGCAACAGAGUUGAGGAGGAGCCUCGCGGAUGUGAAGGAAAUGGUAGGAGAGAUGGAGACCCGCCUUGAAGAUCUUCGCAAACCUGCUACUUCACUCUCAGCCAUGCAGAAUCUUGGUCCUGCUGGCGCGCCGGGUGCCGAAGAAGCGGCUAUGAGAGGUAUACUAGGUUCAUUGCUGGGUGAGAGCAAGAGCGAACAGGAGAAGCGCAUACAAGAGGCCACGGCAAAGGCCAACGAUCUGUCUGGCAUGGUCAAGAAGAAGAAGCCGAAGACGUCACCUGGGCCCGCAUCCGCACCACAGCAGGAACAGAGCGUCGUCGUUGAGGGUAAUGGAAAGAGAAAGGCCGAGGAAGAAGGCACGAGCACUUCUAACGGCACGGGAAAGAAGGUCAAAUUCGCCGAAGACACGAAUGGUGAUGAGGCUUGAGCAAAUCUACAGCUUGUACUAAAAUUAUCAUUUUAGCGAUUUGUGUACUUAUGAAUACCCUUGGAUCGAUUAUAUCAAUCAGCGAUUGCC